AUGGAUAAAUAUAGAUUAACUCCUCACAAAAUUACAAUAUGUAUUUUAAUUGACUAUUAUAUUACUGGUAAUAUCAACUACCAUCAUAAGCAAGCAUUAUCACAUUUGUUAAUCAAACAUGUUAAGGAAACAAAUUAUAAUGAUUUAGGAUCCGAACUAUCAUUAUACGAAUUUAUAGAUAAGGAAUUAAGAACUGUUUUACCCCUUCAAUUUUUAAAUAAUGAAUUUCUUGAAAUGGUGCAAUUCGAUAGUAUUGACGAUAUAUAUGGAUUUAUGUCACAGCUAAAAAACCUAUUCCAACCGAUUGGGGCCGAUGAAAAUGGAAAUAGUGGUGAAUUAAAGAACGCACCUCUAUUAGAUUUUAAAAGCAUUUUAGGUUCGUUUGUCAAAAAGGUUUUGCUUAAUUUUAAUCAAAUUUUAUUCGAUGGCUUAAUUAAACUUUAUGACCAGUUAACACAGUAUUUAAAUGACUUUUAUAGUGAGGCUGAAAGAAGACUAAAAGAGCAAGAGGAGGAACAAGAAGAAACGAAUAGAAACAACAUCAGUCAAAACAUGGAUGAAAGCAUUGAUGAUAUGGAAGACAUAGAGAACAACGAUAACGAUACUGAGAAACAUCAAAAGCAUCAAGAAAAAAAGUAUGAGGAAAAUGAAUUUACGCUAUCAAAAAUCAAAUUAAAAUUUUUAUCACCAUUAGAUGAAGAAAAGUUUGUCUACGAAGAGACCGUUAGAAUCAACUCUAUGAUUGGUAAAGUCGAUCCAAAAGAAAUUGAUUUCCAAAUAAACCAACUAAAACAAGCGUUACCCAAUGUUAAAAGAGUGCAUUUAAUAUCGUUACUCUCAAAUAUCGAGUAUCAAGAUUAUGAAAGCAGUUUAGAAGAUUUGCACAGAUAUUUUGAUUAUGUCAAUGGCCAAGUGAUAGUAAACCAAUCUAAUCUCAGUGGCAGUAUAAUGGAUACAACCAAUGUAAUGCUUCCAUAUGCAGUUUUGAACCUGGUUAAACUACACUACCAUUUUGGUAAUUUUGAAGAAAGUUACCUAGCACUUAGAGAAGCGAUCAGAAUAGCACAGGAGCGUGGCGACCAUUCAUGUUUAGCAUUAGCGGAUCACUGGCUAGCAAGAUUAUUAAAAAAAUCUGUUUUCAAUAGCAUGGAAUCACCAAACCUCUUACAAUAUUUACUUGUUUCACAUAACGAUAUAGAGAUUUUAAAAAAAUCCAUCGACAGAGCUGGUAACCUUGAUAUGCCCGAUCUUUUGGCUUUGAACCAUUUAGCUUUUUCAAAAUUUAAAUUAGAAAAUGGAGAACUAUCAAAUAACAAUAAAAUGAACUCAUUAUUAAACUACAACUUUAAUAACUUAAUAAAUAGUGGUGGUGCUAAUAAUAAUAGUGGCAACAAUAACAAUAACAACAAUAAUAAUAGUAAUAGCAAUAAUACUGGUAAUAAUAAUAGCUCAGUAUCAUCAGUAUCAUCAACAUGGAGCGAUAUAUUCCAACCAAUUGAAAUUUCAAAACUUUUAGAUAAAACUCCAAAUAAUACAACUGUUGCACACUAUUUAUAUUCAACAGCUUGGGAACUUCUUGGCAAUAACGAUUUAGCUCAGUUUUUUACAGAAUUAGCAAUGAAAACAUAUUUAGCAAAUAGCUUAUCAUUACAACGUGACCCACUUCGUUCAAUAUCAACAAACUAUCAAAUCAAUAGCAAAAAUGGGUACUACCCAAAUAACUCUGAAGAACCAGAUUUAGUUUCAUAUUGCAAAUUAGCAUUAUUAUUAUCAAAAAAAUCAAAAUAUAAAGAAGCAAUUCAAACCCUAGUCAAAUGCUUCAGUAUCUACAGGACCCAAUUCCUUUGUGGUAAUUUAUUAUCAUUUACAACUCUAACAAUAUUAUUUGAUUAUUUGAUUGAAAACAAUGCAACCCCAUCAACAACUCCAAUGAUCUCAACUACUAUCGAAUCGUUAAUCAAUCUAACAAAUAGGUUUCAAUCGGAUGACAGUAAAGACGGCCCUGGCUGGUACCAAAUUCUAUUGGUUUAUCAAAAAAUUAUAAAAUAUUAUAUUUACCAAAGAGGAAUGUACGAAAAAGCUUUCAACCUUUUAAUCAAAGCCAUAGGUAUUUCAAAAGAUUUCGGUUUAGAUUCCCAAACACCCUAUCUUUAUACAUUACUCUCAAAGAUCUAUGAACAUACACCAUCACCAUUCAGUGGUCUAUCCGACACACUUUAUGCACUAUCCGUUUCAAACCAUUAUCAUCUCCAACAGUCUAUAGCAGAAUCAAAUAUAGCACUUAUUAAAAUCCAUAUUAAUGCCAAUAGGUUACCUCUUGCUGAAAACCUAAUUCAAGAAACCUUACCAUUUGUAGUAUCAAAUAAUAACCUUUAUUCCGAACUAUAUAUCUUAUGGUCAAAAUGUAUAUUAUCUUCACCAGCACAAGCACUAGAUUAUCUAUCAAAAUCUGAAAAUCUAAUAACCUUAAAUAAUACCAACGAAAACAACAAUAAUAACUUGUUAAAAGAAAUCUAUUAUUUAAAAAGUUUGAUUUACAAUAAUUUAAAUGAUAUAGGGAAUAGAAAUUUAAAUGCAAAGAAGUUUAAGUUAUUUUCAAAACAACAAAAUGAAAAACCAAAAACCCAACAACAACAGCAACAACAACAACAACAAUUCGAAUGUACUGAAUCACCCAAAAUAGGUUUAAUUUCACCGGCUCUAGUAAAUCCGAUAAUGAAAAUAAGAUAA